AUGAUCGCAAAGACUCUCCCAGUCCCAGUUAUCGAGGCGCCGUUUGCUCGUCCCCUCUCCGACGCCGGUGGAGUCAUGGCUCGCCGGCGUCGACCCUCUAAAACUCUAUGUCUCUCUCUCCUCUUAUCUUCUAUCCGUUCAAGCUCUCUGGUUUCGUCCGUCUCCUUGUCUUGGUCGGAGAACAUUGUGACUGUUUCGUUUUCCGGGGGCUCCCGGUCUAUGUUCUCGGUUUCCUCUUCGGCUCACCGCCUCACGCUUACCGUUAUGUGUCUUGUUGGGCUCAGAUCUGUAAGAAUCAGCUCCCGUUUCAUCGUCAUCGCUCCUGUUCGUGCUCUCAUCGUCUCUCACGCCGUCGACGGUUCUCCGUUGAGACCGUCUCUCAAGGUGAGCAGGGACGACGUGGUUAAGCCUUUCGGAUCGCUUUCCACCGGAGUCGUUAUUUUCUGGGGGGUUCCCCACUUUUCCUCUGUUACUGUCAGCCACAACCACCGUGACUCACCAAUGCUCUGCAACUGCAACUCUGGUUUAACAGCCGGAAAAGCCUUAACCUUCGAGGUAGUCACGUCUCAAAACCCUAGAUUUAUGAAGCACCGUUCAGAUCUACCGCCGUCCCCGCUAGUUAUGAUGUAUGCUUUUUUGUUGUCUCAUCGAGGAGGAGAUCUGCUCCGACGAGCCUCUCCGCGGCGACUUAGAUUUAUUUCAGAAGACCGGAGAUCAGCACCAACACUCACCCCCUCAUCUGUUCCGCUCAACCGUCGCUGCUCCCUUUCCGGCGACCCGAGCUCCUGUCAACGUCAACGGAACAGCAUCGCUCAAGCCUGUGAGAUGGGCCUAUUUGCUUGUAGAUUGGGCCUGAGAACACUAAUUGUCUUUUUACCGGUGGGUUCACUGGGCUCGUUGUCAUCUUCAUCACCAUACUCAUCACCAUCAUCAUCAUCACCUGCCUUCUCUCGAAGAAGUGUUUCCCCUUCUGCCCAUGUGCGAAGGUGUAUUUCCAAGUCUAUAACCGUCUUGCUAUCUUGUGGAGCGGUCCGUUCGGGGCCUGAAGAUGCAGCGGAUUUCGUUUCGACGAUAUUCCGAGGUGCGGAUUGGAUAUCAACGUCACUUUUCAAUGUGACUAAAUUUCAACCUUCCGGCACUGCCGUGAAUUUGACGCAUUCAAGCUUUGCUAUGAAUUCGCUGUCUCUUUAUCUUAGAGGUUUCUCUAAAUCUAUUGUUUGUGUUGUAUGGUUUUAUGUUUGUAGUUCUAUGAACUCUUGUAGACUUUAAGUUUUUUAAUGAAAGUGGUGUUCCAAAAAAAAUAAAACAGACAUGAUCACCAAUGUUCUGCCAAAUGAGCAAAAAUGGAUAAAAAUUAAUAAAUUAUACAAAAGCUAGCA